UACCACCGGCGCCGGAAUUUGCUGUAACCAGGAUCCACAUUUUUUGAGUGAUUUUUUUUGCUGCAACCAGUCCAAAAAUUUGCUACCAUCGUUUUGCUUUUUGCUACCACAGUUGGCUGUCCGUCUUUUGAUUUUUUUGCUUAAUCAGAUCCAUCUUUUUGCUGGAACUACUCAAAAAAUUGUUACCAUGGUCUUUGAUUUUUGCUACCGCUGUCUUAGUUUUUGCUCCCACCUUGUUUUUGAAUUUUUGCUGGAUCCAUCUUAUUUUGCUGGAACCUCUCCAAGUUUUGCUACAACGGUGUUUGAAUUUUGCUACAACCGUCUUCGUUUUUUGCUACACCCCCAUUUAUGAUAUUUUUGCUAGAUCAAUCUUUUUUGCUGGAACCACUCAAAGAGAGAGAGAGAAAGAAGGCUGUAAAUGGCGUGGAGGGAGCUGCAAAUAAUACCAAAAAAAUGCUACAACCAGCGUCCUACAGAGCUUCAAUCGAAGGCGACGGAUUUUGGGGACCGGCCACCACGCAACCGCGAAAGCUGGAACCGUCCAUGGAAAAAGCUUCAACCGUUUUGUGAAAAAGCUUCAGCCAUAGAAAAGCUUCAGUGGGCGUGAGAAAAAAGUUGUAGCUGACGGCAUGGUGGUGUGGCGAGGACAACGACCGGCGGCGAGCUGCUGAUGCUUCAAGGCAGGCCUCGGUGCGUCCAAGGCGGAUGUCUAGGACGAACAGCUGGAUGCAAUUUUUGUUGAGAAAAAAAAGAUAAAGAAGGCUAGUCUGACGAUGGACAAAAAGACAAACUAACGCCCAAGAUGCGACCGGCCGAACCGUUGCGCCGGUGCGCCGGCGCCUAUCAUUCGCCUUUGAAAAAAGACAAACUAGAACUUCGAGUCGUUUGAAAGGGAGGGGUACUUGUUAAUGUGCCGCACUGAAGGCCGGCCCAUGUUUAUACCGCUGGGAGGGAGUACUUGUUUAAUGUGCCGCACUGAAGGCCGGCCCAUCUUUAUACCGCUAAGACGAGAGCUGGGCUUGCUGGGCCGCCAUCGCCGUUCCACCCGCUCCUCUCCGAGCGCCGCCGCCGCCGCCGCCGCCUUUCACCCUCCUCUCCCCGUGCGCUUCCGCUUCCUCUUUCUGGGUUGCAGCGACAGCGGCGAAGGCGAGGGCGGCGCGUGGACCUCCCCGCGGCGAGAGUCGCAUCCUCUCCCUCCCCGCGAGCACCGUCGCCGCUCCACGCGCGUGGGCCAACAGUGCCUGCGGCGUCCUAGGGCUCACCAGGGUUUAUCCCGGGUUCUCGCUCGCAGCUCCGGCGAUUCCCUACGACUCUCCGUUGUCGGCGCGGCUUACCGUCCCGCCGCCUGCACGAGGACGACUUGAAGUCCCCCACGCGGGUCUCGGAGAGCACUGAAAUAAGCGUAAUGGGCGAGGUAAUGGCCGCACGGAGCAGAGGCGGCACUAAUGGGGAGGACGGCGAGCCGGUUGCACGUUGGCGAGCGGAGGAGGCUGUCGCUGGGAACCGUAUGGCCCUUCAGGCCCUCCGGGAGCUCGUGAUUUAUCCCUUCCUCUACGCUCGCCAGUCCCGCCUGCUCGGGCUUAAGUGGCCCAGAGGGUUGCUGCUCUACGGCCCCCCUGGCACCGGAAAGACAAGCCUGGUUCAAGCCAUUGUUCGAGAAUGCAGUGCCCACCUGACAAUGAUCAAUACGUAUUCUGUGCAUAAAGCUCAUGCUGGAGAGGGUGAGAAAUUCUUGCGUGAAGCUUUCUCUGAAGCGUACUCUCAGGCGUCACAGGGCAGGCCGGCCAUUAUUUUCAUCGAUGAACUGGAUGGUAUAUGUCCACGGCGUAACAGUAGGAGAGAGCAGGAAUCCCGCAUUGUUGGUCAGCUGCUAACUCUGAUGGAUGGAAAUAAGAAAUUGUCGAAGAAGCUUCCUCACGUAGUUGUUGUUGCGUCAACUAACAGGGUGGAUGCCAUCGAUCCAGCAUUGAGAAGGCCAGGACGUUUUGACUCAGAGAUAGAGGUCACUGUUCCUACGGUAGAAGAAAGGCUGCAGAUUCUUAAGCUCUAUUCCAAAAAUCUGCAUCUUGAUGAAAAUGUUGAUCUUCAAAUUAUCGCUGGAUGGUGCAAUGGUUAUGUUGGUGCUGAUCUAGAAGCUCUGUGUCGAGAAGCUGCCAGACUUGCUUAUCGUAGAUUGUCAAACUCAUCCGAGGAUGGGAAGGUGCUCACACUACUCAUGGAAGAUUGGGAGUCUGCGAGAUCUCAGAUCAAAGCAAGCAUGAUAAGAGGGGUAACUAAAGAAGCUCCAACUGUUUCAUGGGAUGAUAUUGGAGGUUUGAAAGAUCUAAAGAAAAAGCUUCAGCAAGCUGUUGAGUGGCCCAUCAAGCAUGCCGCUGCCUUUGCAAGACUGGGGAUAUCACCAGUUCGUGGUGUGCUUUUGCAUGGUCCUCCAGGGUGCUCCAAGACUACCCUUGCCAAGGCUGCAGCACAUGCCGCCCAAGCUUCUUUCUUUUCUUUGAGUGGUGCAGAACUAUACUCGAAAUAUGUUGGAGAAGGUGAAGCUUUGUUGCGAAGAACAUUUCAGAGGGCACGGCUGUCGUCUCCAAGCAUCAUAUUCUUUGAUGAGGCUGAUGCAAUCGCCCCUAAACGAACUGGUCCUAGUGGGGACAGUGGCAAUGCCACAGUAGGAGAAAGACUCCUAUCAACUUUGUUGACUGAAAUGGAUGGUUUAGAACUGGCUACGGGGAUUAUUGUUUUGGCUGCUACUAAUCGUCCCAAGGCAAUCGAUGCAGCUCUUCUCCGUCCAGGGCGUUUUGAUAUGGUGUUGUAUGUUCCACCGCCAGAUGCGCAAGGCAGGCACGAGAUACUACGCAUCCAUACACGGAAGAUGAAGUUGGGGGAGGAUGUGGACCUUGGGGAGAUAGCGGAGCGCACCGAGCUGUUCACCGGUGCUGAUCUCGAAGGCCUGUGCAGGGAAGCAGGAAUGGCGGCACUGAGGGAAGACCUGUCAGCCAGUUCAAUACACAAGGCUCACUUCGAGGCCGCGAUAAGGUCGCUAAGGCCAUCACUGACAAAAACAGAAGUUGACGAGGACGCAGCUGCCGCCAUCCAUGGCCCAGCUAGGAAAAAUUAGAAUAUGAUACAUCUAUUGAGCUUUUGUUCAAGUUCGUGUUACACAAGCAUUUUGGAUCAGUCAAGCCUUGGAUAACGCAAUCACUGGGUGAUUAAAUGAUAUAUUUGUGCGGCUCUCUUUUUUUUUAAUGAAAUAUGAGAAUUCAAGCGA